UCUGUCUGUCUGUCUGUCUCUCUGUGGGGACUUCUGGGAAGAUAGGCUGGGGGUAUAAAAGGGCAUAUUGGACAGGCUGGGGGCUGCAGACUGCAAUUUGGAUCUAAGGUGAAGGCCUGUCAAGAGUGGAGCAGCAAGGAAGACUGGGAGACCCAGAAGGAGAGCUCAGAGGGAAGGAAGUGGAGGCUGGGACUGGGAGAGAGGCAGAAAUGAGGCUGUCAUCCUGCGACACCAGGGACUUUGGGGCAAAUCAGGGAGCAGAGACUAGAAGAUGAAAGACUGAGGAAGAUACAGGGGCCAAAAGGGCAGGGGCCCAAGGGUGCCAGACACAGGUGGGAGCAGAAAGACAGAGACAGAGCGCUGGGCCAGGGAUGGGGGCCGCAAGAUGGACACAGGUGCAUAAGAAGUCACAGACAGAAAGACAGACAGACCUAAAGUAACCGGGACUAAAUAAAAGAGAAGGACACACAGACAUCACCUAGGAGACACCAAAGGAGACAGAGACCAGAGAGAGGGUGCGAGAGAGGAAGAGGAGGCAAGCCUAAUUCCCAGGCUCAGGGACUUAGGUGAAAUACAGCAGCAAACUGAGCAGAAGGGACUGAAUUAGGGGGGUCCUGCCAGGGGAGGGAGACAGACAAGUGGGCAUGUGAGAUACUGGUAUCAAAGGUAAGAAGGCAAACGGGGUGAGAGAGGGGGCAAAAGAAAUGACAACAGGCACAAGAAGUGUGGGGAGGAAAGAAAUUGCUAACCUCUGAAAAGAAAGAGGGCUCCUUGGAAAGAGAGGAAAGAAGUGUGUCAGAGCCACACAGCAGAUCCAUAGGAGAAGGGGUGUGCAAGACUGAGAGAGACAGACAGAGACAGACUCAAACUAGUAGAGAGAGGGAGUGAGAGUCAGGGAGGAAAACUGAGGUGGAAGACUGAGAGACCUGGAGGGGCACAGGCAGGGACAGGCAAAGCACCCAUAGGAGGGGAGCCAGUCCGCAUAGAGGUGCACCCACUCAGAGUGCCUGCGGGCACGUUGGGGGACCUGGAGCAUUGAGGGGGGCGGGUGAGGGGAGAAGUGGGAAGAGGAUUGGGGGGAUUGUGGGCAAGGCCAUCAAGGAAAAGAAAAGACAAAGUCACAAAGUGGACCGUGGAGAGGGGCAGUGGCUAAGGAGUGAGCAAUGAAGGGGAUACACCCAGAGUGAAUCUGGGGAGGAAAGCAGAAAAGUGAGAGAAGGCAGCUGGCCUCCAAGCCCAGGGUUAAAGAGGGAGGAGGCCAGGUGGGCAGAGGCCCAGGCAGAGCACAAAGUAGACAGAGAGAAGUGGCAAGAGGGCUAGAUUUGGCAUGGCAGCCUCCAGAAGAGACAAGAGACAGGGGAGUUUGGAGAGAGAGAGAGAGAGAGAGAGAGAUCGAUCAACGGAGACACACCAAGAAAUAGUUAGGAUACCGGCAAAGAAGAGAGAAGUUGGACAGAGUCAGAAGCCCCACAGCCACGUGAAAUGGAGAUUCAAAAACAGACUUUUCCAGGAGAUAGAGACCAGAUGGCAUGGGGAUGGGUCCAUGGCAGGCAGAGAGGAUGAGGCUCAGAGGAAAGAAGAGGGAGACGGAGGAAACAGUGGGUGCGAGCAGAGCCGGUCACCGGUCACCGUGGAGCCAGACUGGAGAGAGCAGGGGCGGAGACGUGCCAGGAGUCCGGAGGAGUGAGACCACAGUCAGCCCCUCAGGACCCCAGACGCUGAGGGGCAAGGCCCAGGGCCUUGCUGCCGCCAUGACUGAAGAGUCAGAGGAGACGGUCCUGUACAUUGAGCAUCGCUUUGUCUGCUCUGAGUGCAACCAGCUCUAUGGAUCCCUGGAGGAGGUGCUCAUGCACCAGAAUUCCCAUGUGCCCCAGCAGCACUUUGAGCUGGUGGGUGUGGCUGACCCUGGAGUCACUGUGGCCACAGAGGCAGCUUCUGGCACAGGCCUCUAUCAGACUGUGGUGCAGGAGAGCCAGUACCAGUGCCUGGAAUGUGGGCAACUGCUGAUGUCCCCUAGCCAGCUCCUGGAGCACCAGGAGUUGCACCUAAAAAUGAUGGCGCCUCAGGAGGUAGUGCCAACUGAAUCGCCACCCAAGGUGCCCCCCCUGAGCUCCAGUACCAUCCACUAUGAGUGUGUUGAUUGCAAGGCUCUCUUCGCCAGCCAGGAGCUCUGGCUGAACCACCGGCAGACGCACCUCCGGGCCACUCCCACCAAGCCUCCAGCCCCAGUUGUCCUAGGAUCCCCCAUGGGCCAGGCCCGUGUGGCCGUGGAACACUCAUACCGUAAGGCAGAAGAGGGUGGGGAAGGGGCAGCUGUCCCUUCUGCUGCUGCCACCACUACUGAGGUGGUGACUGAGGUGGAACUGCUCCUCUACAAGUGCUCUGAGUGCUCCCAGCUCUUCCAGUCGCCAGCUGACUUUCUGGAGCACCAAGCCACCCACUUCCCUGUUCCUGCCCCAGAGUCUGAGGAGCCUGUCUUGCAGCAGGAGACCCUGGCCCCAUCACCUGCAGAGGUGGCUGUGACUCAGCCUGAUCCCCUGCCAUCCUCUGACCACAGUUACGAACUGCGCAACGGUGAAGCCAUUGGGCGUGAUCGGCGGGGGCGCAAGGCCCGGAGGAACAACAGUGGAGAGCCAGGUGGGCCAGCCACCCAGGAGCUCUUUUGCUCAGCCUGCGAUCAGCUCUUUCUUUCACCUCACCAGCUACAGCAGCACCUGCGGAGUCACCGGGAAGGUGUCUUUAAGUGCCCCCUGUGCAGUCGUGUCUUUCCCAGCCCUUCCAGUCUAGACCAGCACCUUGGAGAUCACAGUAGCGAGUCUCACUUCCUGUGUGUGGACUGUGGCCUGGCCUUUGGCACAGAGGCGCUCCUUCUGGCCCACCGGCGAGCUCACACCCCAAAUCCUCUGCAUUCAUGUCCAUGUGGAAAGAACUUUGUCAACCUCACCAAGUUCCUUUAUCACCGGCGUACCCAUGGGGUGGGAGGUGUUCCUCUACCCACAACACCAGUCCUACCAGAGGAGCCUGUCAUUGGUUUCCCUGAGCCAGCUUCAGCAGAGACUGGAGAGCCAGAGGCUCCGGAGCCCCCAGUGUCUGAGGAGAGCUCAGCAGAACCCGCUGCCCCAGGUACCUACCGCUGCCUCCUGUGCAGCCGUGAAUUUGGCAAGGCGUUGCAGCUCACCCGGCACCAACGUUUUGUGCACAGGCUAGAACGGCGCCACAAGUGUGGCAUUUGCGGCAAGAUGUUCAAGAAGAAGUCUCAUGUGCGCAACCACCUGCGCACACACACGGGCGAACGGCCCUUCCCCUGCCCAGACUGUUCUAAACCUUUCAACUCGCCUGCCAACCUGGCCCGCCACCGGCUCACGCACACAGGGGAGCGGCCCUACCGGUGUGGGGACUGUGGCAAAGCUUUCACCCAAAGCUCUACAUUGAGGCAGCACCGCCUGGUGCAUGCCCAACACUUCCCCUACCGCUGCCAAGAGUGCGGAGUGCGUUUUCACCGCCCCUACCGCUUGCUCAUGCACCGCUACCACCACACUGGCGAGUACCCCUACAAGUGUCGCGAGUGCCCCCGCUCCUUCCUGCUGCGCCGGCUGCUGGAGGUGCACCAGCUUGUGGCCCAUGCUGGGCGCCAGCCCCACCGCUGCUCAUCCUGUGGGGCUGCCUUCCCUUCCUCACUGCGGCUCCGUGAGCAUCGCUGUGCAGCUGCUGCUGCCCAGGGCCCACGGCGCUUUGAGUGUGGCACCUGUGGCAAGAAAGUGGGCUCAGCUGCUCGGCUACAAGCACAUGAGGCGGCCCACGCAGCUGCUGGGCCUGGAGAGGUCCUGGCUAAGGAGCCCCCAGCCCCCAGGGCCCCACGGGCAACUCGCACACCAGUUGCUCCCCCAACGACCCUUGCAGGCACUGCUGCUGCAGCCCCUGCGGCCCCUGCCCGACGCCGGGGCUUAGAGUGCAGCGAAUGCAAAAAGCUGUUUAGCACAGAGACAUCACUGCAGGUGCACCGGCGCAUACACACAGGUGAGCGGCCAUACCCAUGUCCAGACUGUGGCAAGGCCUUCCGUCAGAGUACCCAUCUGAAGGACCACCGGCGCCUGCACACAGGUGAGCGGCCCUUUGCCUGUGAAGUGUGUGGCAAGGCCUUUGCCAUCUCCAUGCGCCUGGCAGAACAUCGCCGCAUUCACACGGGUGAAAGGCCCUAUUCCUGCCCCGACUGUGGCAAGAGCUACCGUUCCUUCUCCAACCUAUGGAAACACCGCAAGACCCACCAGCAGCAGCAUCAGGCAGCUGUGCGGCAGCAGCUAGCAGAGGCAGAGGCUGCUGUUGGCCUGGCAGUGAUGGAGACUGCAGUGGAGGCACUGCCUUUGGUGGAAGCCAUUGAGAUCUACCCUCUGGCUGAGGCUGAGGGAGUCCAGAUCAGUGGCUGACCCUGCCAGCUUCCCUCUUCAGAAGCACCAUGCCCUGUUGCUGAAGAACCCCCUCCAACAUCCCCUUAAAUUUCUGUACAGUGCCCCUUCACCCUUCCCAACUGCUAUGUAAAUUCUGUAACUGGAUUUAUUCUCUUAUGAGGAGUGUUCUGGGGUCCCUAAUAUGCAUAAAAGUGCCCCUCACCCUUCCACUUGUUAGCACUGGUGGCCCCAAAGUGAAAUAGUCAAUAAAAACUGAUUUGGACAUU